UGAGAGACCGCUGUUUACCAUGGCGACGGGGACGCUUCCUUCUGUUGUAAACAGAUGCAGAACAUUUCUAACAUUAUUUCUUUUAAUAUAUCCGAGUCCAUCCCAUUGCCAGCAGUUCAUUAUUCCGUUUAAGGAACCUAAAGACUGUGGGGUGGAGGAGUUUUUUGAUAUCUCCAGUCUGUCGUGUGUCAAGUGCGGUUCAAAUCAACGCCGCAGCCCAACAGGUCUGUCCUGCAUUUGCCAAACUGGGUAUCAAGCUCUCCCCACUGAUAAGUCGUCUAUUAAUUGUCAGAAAUGUUCCACUGACAAACCAGCUGUAACAUCAGAUGGGUUUGGAUGUAUUAGUUGUCCAGGCAGCCUCAGUGAUGAGGGGAAAUGCAGAUGUCCACAAGGAAAUAUCUUGGUUGAGAGGGAUGUCAAUGGAAAUUAUUUGGAUGAGGCCAAGUGUGUAGCGUGUAAUGGAAGCAGGCCGGCCUUGUCAGUUCCAAACAGCAGCGGAGACCGGUGUGAGAGAUGUCAGGCUUCCUUCACUAACACUUCCUGUGUAUGUAGUCCUCCUAAUGUUCAAGCAGGAGGAUUAUGUUUCCCAUCAGGCAGCCUCUCUACUAAUGUGAAUCCAAGUGUGAACUUUGCUCAACUGAAGAUAAGUUUCCACUCUGCCUGGUUCGUGAAAAAUCUGUAUUCAUCGUCAGCCGCCUGCCUUGUCUUCUCCAAUCUGACAGCAUGUCAGGCUCUCGGGAACAUGUGUGUCAUGAACAUGCACUCCUUCAGCGCUAUGAGCACUGAUGCCUGUGGUCUCUUUAACACCAUCUUCAGAUCUAGAGCUGCUUUGAGCUCAACUCAAGAUAUUUCAUACUGGAGAGUUAAUUUGCCAUGGCUUUACUAUGGAGAUGAGCCAGGGUUGGCCAUUCGAGUACUUCAGACGAAUCCAGUGCCCAUUGGGUUCAGUUUUAGAGGCAAAAAUAAGAAUACUGAAAUCAAACUGAUUGCUGCUGUUUAUAACGUCAGAGGAGAGUUUCUCAGAUGGCAAAAAAUAAGAGGACGUAGUCUCCAGCUUUGUCCAGACACAGCCAAAAGACAAGAGGCAGCUUUUAGCUUUGGAACCGCCUACCGAGAAAGUUGUGAUCUCAAAGUAUCAGAACUGCUGGAGAUGUAUCCUGAGCCGUUGUUCUAUGAUGUGUUUAUGGACCUUGGUGAUGGAGAUAACAGAAAGCUUCUUCCCCUGCCCACACUGGUCAGUAACCAACAAUACAACGGAAAGUUCAUCAACCAAGAAAGCAUGAAGAACUGGUACCUGUCCCGACGUAUGUUUCUUGUCGACACCUUAAGUGGAAGAGAGAAGCCAACACAGCCAAAGGUCAUCCGUGUGGUCAGCAGUGUCACAAUAAGAUUCCAGCUGGUUCCACGAACCCAGACAGGACAGGUCUACCCCCCUCUGAUGAUGGUAACCUAUAAUGAUGUUCCAGUCACGGAUAUCAGCACACAAAAAGUGUCUACAACUUUUGCGGUGGAGUAUGAGAUGGAUCAGAAUGAGGCUCGUAUGAAAACAGAUACUGCUCUAGGGGUGAUGGGUGGUGUUGCGGUGUUGUGUUCCCUGCUGAAAACAGUCAGCUGGAAGAGGAGGAUCGCCUCACCGCUCAUUGACGCUAAGACAAUGUUCACAUUUUUGCUGUUCUACGCUGGAGAUUUGGCAAAUGUUUUCUUUGUCGUCACUGUUGGAACUGGACUUUACUGGCUCAUCUUUUACAAGUCAUUGAAGGCUCAGCAGUUUGUAUAUGUGCUGCUACCACUUCCUGCUCAAGAAGAACAGUUUGUGACGUAUAUUGGCUGUGCCUUUGCUUUGAAGGCAGUGCAGUUUCUUCACAAGCUGACCCUGCAGUUGUCAGUCGAUGUGUUCCUCAUCGACUGGGAAAGGCCACGAAACAAAGCCAGCAACAGGACGGCACAAGCAACUGGUGAAAUGAAACAUGACCCCUCUCCAGUCAGCAUCUGGAGGACCUACUUUGUGGCUAAUGAAUGGAACGAGAUCCAGACCAUUCGAAAGAUCAGUCCAACCUUUCAGAUAAUGGCUGUGCUCUUCUUCCUUGAAGUGCUGGGUUUUUCUAACCUGGCUCUGAGGGACCCCUUGACAACCUUAGAGCGCUCCCCACAGGCGUACACACCUUCCUACAGCCUGAUUCUGCGCUAUGGGCUGGCUGCCACACUCUGGCUCUGCAUCGGAUUUCUGCAGGUGAUAUUCUUCACCGUGUUUUAUGAGUGCUUUGUGGAGGAUAAAAUCCGCCAGUUUGUGGAUCUCUGUUCUGUCAGUAAUAUUUCUGUGCUGCUGUUAUCACAUCGGUGUUUUGGCUACUACAUCCAUGGGCGUUCAGUGCAUGGUCAUGCUGAUACAAACAUGGAAGAAAUGAACAACAACCUGAAGAGAGAGGGUGAAUCCCUGGUUGCUCAGAGAGGCCUACUUCCCAACACAGACAUCCAGACGUUUCAGGUCUCUAUCAACAAUCGCCUGCGGUCUCAGUAUGAGAGGAUCCGGGAGCCGCUCAGCAGGAGGAACAGACCAUCACGGCUGAUAGAUGCGUCUUCAGCAAACCAGUUUGAGCAGAGCACCAGGGCCUACAACACAAUGAACCAUUUCCUGAGAUCUGUUAUAGAUCAUGUUUACCCUGACAUGGACUACAUAGUGAGGGACAAGCUAAUGUUUGAGAGAGUCAUUGGGAUGGAGUUCCUUGAACCCAAUGAGAAAAGCAUCUUUUACAAUGAUGACGCCCACUCCUUCAGUAACGUGCUGUUUUAUGGGAAUGAGGUCACACUGCUGAUCUUUGACACAUUAUUCUUCUGUGUGGUUGACCUUGGAUCUCAGAGCUUUGUACUUGCAGCUGUGCUAACAUACCUACAGCAAAUGAUAUUUCGCUUGAUACGCCACUCUCUCGGAAGGAGAAACCUGUCAAACAAGACUCUGGUGGAUGAGAGAUUUCUGAUCUGAGGUUCAUAGAUAACUUUUCACUGAUAGUUGAGUUUCCUGAUAGUUUUAAUCUGUUGCAGCUCUUUUUUUGUACAUGCUUUUGCAAAAACAGUAUUUUCACUGAUUAUGUAAAUAUAUUUUUGUAAAGAAAAUGAUGUUUGUAUUGAUAGUUUUGAUAUAAGCAUGGUCUGUUUUUUAGGUUUCUUUUGUAUUUUCUUGUGAACAUUUCAUGACAAUUUCUUUGUAAAGAUGUACAUUUUUUAUUGAUUAAAUUUUUUUGUUACAAUCA